AUGGACCUGACACCGGCUGGUCAUAGACAGCAGAAGAUCCAGAAGGACCGACUGAUGAGUGACUUCUCUGCAGCGCUCAACAACUUCCAGGCAGUCCAGCGACGGGCGGCCGAGAAGGAGAGGGAAUCAGUGGCCAGGGCCCGUGCCGGGUCCCGCCUCACACAGGAAGAUGAGGGGAACGUCGAUGAACAACUUGUGACAUUUGAAAAAGAUGAUGAUGACUGGAGUCAGAGUCAGACCCAGCAGCUGGAGGAGCCAGAGGUCACAGAGGAGGACCUGGAGGUCAUCAAGGAGAGGGAGACCAACAUCAGGCAGCUAGAGUCUGACAUCAUGGAUGUAAACCAGAUCUUUAAGGACCUGGCUGUGAUGAUCCACGACCAGGGAGAGAUGAUCGACAGCAUUGAGGCUAACGUGGAGAGUGCAGAGGUCCAUGUAGACAGAGGGACCGGACAGCUCCAAAGGGCCGCCUACUACCAGAGGAAGUCCCGUAAGAGGAUGUGUAUGCUGGCCAUGGUGGUGUCUCUGGUGGUCACCGUCCUGGCUAUCAUCAUCUGGCAGGCCAUCAAAUGAGAGGACAGGAAGAGUACCGGGGAAGGAUUUUAAUGGCACAUCGCACUGACAGCCUAGAAUGGCUUCCAAUGGAAAGUCUGAGUGAGUGAAUGUGUGUGUGUGGGGGCACGGGAGUGCGUGCUUUCAAGCAAGAUAUAGACAGAGGCGUAAGGAAUAGAUUGUAUAAAUUCUCUUCCCUAUCUGUAUAUAUUAUAUACUAAGUGUUCUAACACAGCCCUGCACUUACUUCCAUGUCAGAAAUGCAAAUCAUCUCUGUCAUCAUUACAUACAUUACUGUGUCAGAAUAUGUCUGAUCUAAUGCAAUGUUGCACAAGUUUGUAUGUAUAUAAAUGCCAUGGGUACGGUUUGAUAUGGUUUAUUUUCUGCCUCUCUCUUCAUGUUGUGAAUGUCUGAUUCUCUUCCAGAUGUCUUAUAGUCUAUAGUAUUACGACAAGGACAUGGUGUAGUUGCGAUAAGGAUUCCUUUGAUAGCACACAAACAACAAACAAAAUGUUUGUAUUAUUACUAUGAUUAUUAUGAUGAUUAUUAUUAUUAUGCUCACUUUCAU